AUGCUUGAUCCAGGGUCCAUCAUCGCCCUCACGCAAAUCACAUACGAAGGCGCCAAACGAGCUGUAGACCUAGUCCUCACAGCGAUACACUUUCCCAAAGAGUGCGAGGAGUUGUUUGUGCAGCUGAAGCUCGAGCAGUUCCGUCUGCAGUGCUGGGGUCGAAGUGCGGGGUUGGAGCAAGGCAGACUCAUCGAGGCUCUACAUCCGAUCUUCCCGGAGAUACGAAACGCACUUGACUGCAUAAGUGCACUUUUUCAGGACUUGAAUAAGUUGCAGGCAAAGUUUGGUAUCGUGUCUACGUCUGUGGAGGAUGUAGGUCACAGGCAAAAGGAACUAGCGUACAAGUGGAACGAAGAGCUACAUAAGCAGGGCCUGGCACUUCCUGGUAAACAGGUUGAAGAUGGGGCCCCGUCUCUGAUCUCGAAGGAACAGAAGGCGUUUUUCCCGGUUGGGACCUUCAAGGUUAACCUACCAGCUCGUCUACGAUGGGCAUUAGGGAACAAGUCCAAGUUCCGCGAGUGCGUGGCCGAGCUGGAAAGAUACACCAACAAACUGAACCAACUUCUACCAGAGCGUCAGAGUCUUCAGUACAAACAAGACUGGACAAGAGUGAACAUAAUAAUCGUCGGAAAGGCUGAUGACGAGAACACUGUUUCCCUCCUACGAAAUGCCCUGGAUGGAAGUCCGGCAAUGGAAGCUUCACUCCGAGGGCUGGUGGACAGAAAAUCAGUCGCUGCAGCUCCGAGUACUACAAACUUCCUCCGGGGCAACCCACAGCUAGACAUGAGUGCUUUCUCUAUGCGUCCGGGAAUCCGGGAAAAGGACAGAUUUAUCACAACAAGUAAAACUACUGGUGAGCUGGUUGUUUUUGAAAAGAAGUCGUGGGAUGAUGAACGAUCAAUGGCCAACCGCUCUAAACUGCAGAUGCGGCUUGGCCGACUUGUUGCGAUGCUCCGUCCAGGCAGAAGUGACUGCAUCUUAAAAGCUAUCGGUUUUGCAGAAGAUGAAGUUACUAAAUGCUGGUGGAUCGUAUAUGAGAUGCCCUCCUUCAUAUCAAUGAAUCCUAACCUUCGUGUCAUGACGCUUCACGAGCGGUUGGGGCGUCAAUCUUUCCACCUGGCUCCCCUCGAAGUUCGGAUGAAACUCGCCUUCUCGCUUGCAUCAGCAUACUCAGAGCUUUUUAGCAGUGGCUGGGUUCACAAGGCUAUUAGCAGCCACAGCAUCGUGUACUUUGGUCCUUACACUGAUAUACUUCGUCCUUCUGUAGUCGGUUUCGAAUUUUCUCGUCAGGACACCGAAGAGUCAAACGUCGAUGCCGCCAAGACGCCGGCACAAGUCGAAAAGAGCAUCUACCGACAUCCUGAUUAUAUCGGUAGCGAGGCAAUGAGAUACAAGACACAAUAUGAUAUUUACUCGUUCGGCCUCGUGCUGAUAGAGAUUUCUUUCUGGCAGCCACUAAAAGAUGUCUGUCCUUACGCCAAGGGGGAAGUCUUUGGGAAAGAAGAGGCGAAGAAUGUACAGAAAUGGGCAGUUCAGGUUGCAGACACGCAAUUUGCAUUCAGAGUUGGUACUGCGUAUGCCAAUGUUGUGAGCUGGUGUCUCAAGAGCGGUGCAAGAGUGAGCAAAGAUCAGGAGGACUGGCAUCCAGCAUUGGCAUUUAACGAUCGUGUUGUUGUCCCGCUUUCUGGGAUAUAG